GAGAGUUUUCACCUCACACUAAAUAUUAACAUUUUUUUCAAUGUUUGAUGAAAGUAAAUUCACGACCCACAAUUCACUUUUAUGACAGACAAAAGAAUUAAGAUGCUGAUACUUAACUCUAUCGUUGUUAUAUUACUCACUCUAUCGUUGUUAUAACUUUUUUGAGAGGAGGUUUAACCUUAUUAAAAAAGGUAAAAGAUAAAAAGUAAAAGAUACAAAUGCUCAAGCUUUUCAACAGAGGCAGGAUAGCCCCGCCGACGCGUCCCCGCCGACGCGUCCCCGCCCUCCUCCGCCGUCGCCGCGCCGUCUUCUUCGUCAGCAUCUCCGGUCACUGGCCCCGCCAGGUCGAUACGCCUCGUCUAUUGCGAUGAUAAGGGGAAGUUCCGAAUGGAUCCAGAAGCCGUCGCUACGCUCCAACUUGUCAAGGAGCCCAUCGGCGUCGUCUCCGUCUGCGGUCGCGCACGGCAGGGCAAGAGUUUCAUCUUGAAUCAGCUAUUAGGAAAGAGUAGUGGAUUUCAAGUAGCGUCAACACAUCGGCCUUGUACCAAAGGGCUUUGGUUGUGGAGUACACCUUUGAAAAGGACUGCUCUUGAUGGAACAGAUUAUAAUCGCCUAAUAUUAGACAGUGAAGGAAUAGAUGCUUAUGAUCAGACAGGAACAUACAAUGAGAAGAUGAAAGAUCAGACUCCAAUAGACUUCUAGGUACAAAACUAGGUAUAACUCAUAGGCAGAGUACGAGGCUUCAUAGAAAUUAGUUGUUAGUUUGGUUAGUUGGUUGGGGGGCCUUUAGCUCUUGUGUUUGGGGACUUUUGGAUAAUCUUGUAGAUUGAGCUUUGGCUCUAUGUGAAAGGGAAACACUUGGAGGAGAGAGUGCUCUCCUAUUUUGUGUUUUAUAUAGUCUAUACAAUAAAGAAUAUUACUCUUUUGUCUCUUUUCAAUUAUGAGUUCCUAUCAAUUGGUCCGACCCACUUGAUUAAAGGUUGCAGAUCAAGAAGUGAUCAAGAAAAGGUGAAAGCAUAGAAGGAAGAGAGAAUACCUUGGAGAGGAGGACCAUCGAACAUAAAAUGAGCGUGGCAAAACCGAAAAUGAACAUGGUAGAAUGGAGAAGAAAUAUGCAAGAAAUGCAACAUGAAAUGAGGAUUCUCAUAAAGGGCUUUGAAAGAAGUGAGAAAUUUCUCAUGAAAGGAAAGAAAGAGGGAAAAAUGGGUAGGUAUGUUGUGAAGAUAGUCUGUUAGACAUCUAGAAAACCAAGAUACCCUCAUAUGGAGGAGAAAAUUCAACCAAUAGGGAGAAGAAAAGAGAAACGGAAGCUGCUGUUUGGAGUGUUGAUGGUUUUGCAGGAAUUAAAGGGCAGGAUAGGAGAGAAGAAAAUAUAUGUGAAGAGGAAGGCAAUGACGAAAAUUGUGAUGGAGACAUUGGUGCGGCUGUUGCUAAGAAAGUUGCAAAAGCUACUUCUUUUAGUGGAGAUAGUGUGGUAGGUUGUGGUGUGUAUGUCAAAACAGUGAAGAAGUGGGAAAAAUUAGUUGCAAAAGCUAUUGCUUUUAGUGGAGAUAAUGUGGUAGGUUGUGGUGUGUAUGUCAAAACAGUGAAGAAGGGGAAAAAAUGUUGAGGCCUGGGAUUAAAACAAUGGUGUCAAGAGGAACCCAGUUGAGUCUGUUUAGAGAGCAAGAGAGGAAAGAAGAGAGGAACUUCUGCAAGAUAUCAAGAAAGCAAAGAAACACUCAGGUGAAGGAGACAAUUCAAGCAAUUGGGAACAAAAAGGAGAAGAGGAUGCCAUUGACAAUAUUUGAGCUAGGAAGGGUGAGGAAAAACUAGUUUUUCCGUGGGUGAAAAGAGAAGAGUUGACCACUAAUGAAGGGAAUGACACUUAAGGUCAAACAACAGGGGUAGCAAAUGCUUCUGAAGUUCAGAACACCAAAGGAUCAACAAAAGUACACCCAAACAGCAAAGAAAAUGUAGUCUAGGGGUUCAAGACCUGACACCAAAAACCAAGGGGGAACACUUAAUGUUGUAUAUAUAGUUAAGGGGAAUAAGGGGAGUCACUUUUGACUGCUAGUAGUUUCUAAACAGGAUUGGUUAUCCUUGUUGGGGAAGGUUAAGCUUCCUUUGUACUCCCUUUUCUUGUAUUCUUUCUUGGAGUUCAAUAAAACCAGAGACUAUUCAUACCUUCUGAGUUGAUUACGUGAGUUGUUGAAGUGAUAGAUAGGAUUUCUUUAUCAAGAACCCUAUCAAUAACUCUACAGACUAGUCUAAAUGAUGAUAGCUAUAUGUAAUGAUUCUAACAGAAGUGUUCGAAUUGUAUUCUUGUAUUCUUUACUUUCAAGAAUAAUAAUACAAGUCUGUUUCAGUGUUUCUGGGUGUUUGGUGCUGCCUAGUGCGUGUUUCCAGAUUUCUUGUUGCAAGAAAUCUAACAACAUGCCAUUUGUUCUUGACGUUUUUGUUUGCUGAAGUAUUGCUUUUAUACUUCAAUUGUUGUUGCC